AACCGAACGUGCAGAGCCAUGCAGCAGCGUGUCCUGGAGCUCAUCCCCCGAAUCGCCAAUGAGCAGCUGACGGAGGAGCUGCUCAUCGUCAAUGACAAUCUCAACAACGUGUUCCUGCGCCAUGAACGGUUUGAGCGGUUCCGAACAGGCCAGACCGCCAAGACCCCAAGUGAAACGGAACCUGCACCUGACCUGAUGGACAUGGGCCCUGGCCCUGCGGCUCCCAGCCACCUCUCGUCCCAGCUGGCAGGAAUGAACUUGGGCUCCAGCAGCGUGAAGGCUGGCCUGCAGUCUCUGAAUGCCUCCGGCCGACUAGAAGACGAGUUUGACAUGUUUGCAAUGACUCGGGGCAGCUCACUGUCUGACCAACGGAAAGAGGUCAAAUACGAGGCCCCCCAAGCAGCAGACGGCCUGGCUGGAGCCCUGGAUGCCCGACAGCAAAGCACCGGAGCGGUCCCUGUCCCACAGGCGUGCCUCAUGGAGGACAUUGAGCAGUGGCUUUCAACCGACGUGGGGAACAACGCUGAAGAGGCAAAGGGCGUCACCAGUGAAGAAUUCGACAAGUUCCUGGAAGAACGAGCCAAGGCUGCUGAUCGGUUGCCCAACCUCUCCAGCCCCUCAGCCGAGGGUCCCCCGGGACCAUCUCCUGGUGCUGCCCCUCGGAAGAAGAAGGCUCAGGAGAAAGAUGAUGAUAUGCUGUUUGCUUUAUGA